GAUUCGGGCAUUCAAAUCGAACUUUUGUAAUUACAAUAAACCUUGUAUUGAACUUUUUAAAUUGUGAGUGCAGAGUAGACUAUUAUGGAUCCAUCCGAGUUUCGUAGAUAUCUUGCUGCAUGUUCUGCUGCAUGGAUAGCAUCUUGUGUUUGCUACUGGUAUUAUACUACACAAUCGUCAAGUGUGCAAAUUCAUAGUUCAUUACGAACUGGGUCUGAAUUUGUUACAUAUAUAAUGAAUUCAAACCCCCGUAACUGUUUCAAUUUGUUGCGGAUGGAAAGGGAUGCUUUUAAAAAACUAUGUACACUUUUGAGAGCAAAAUCCCUACUUCAUAAUAAGAGAAGUGUGUUGGUAGAAGAACAAGUGGCUAUAUUCUUGAAUACAGUUGCACAUAAUGAACGUAAUAGGGUGAUGCAAGCUCAAUUUCAACAUUCUGGUCAGACUAUUAGCUAUUAUUUCAAUAAAGUGUUGAAGGCAGUUGUAGCUUUGGGUCCGGAUUUCUUAUUACCCCCUGGCAGAGAAAUACCUGAUUGCAUCUUAAACAAUCCCAUGUUCUAUCCAUAUUUUAAGGUAACAAAUACCCACUGCUUUAGAAACUUAGUUAAGCUGCUAUUUCGGUUUAUUACAACUAACUUGAUAUUGCCUUGCAAGGAUUGUGUUGGAGUAAUCGAUGGAACACACAUACCAGCUUGGGUUGGGAGCAACACAAACGAAAGAUUCCGUAAUAAAAAGGGUGAACAAUCCCAAAAUGUAUUGGCUGCUGUCUCAUUUGAUAUGUGUUUCCAAUACGUACUUGCUGGUUGGGAAGGAUCUGCUGCAGACUCAAGAAUUUUAGAUAGCGCAAUUAACAGAGAGACUAAUCCUUUAAGAGUGCCUCAAAGAAAGUACUACCUCGUGGAUGCAAGCUAUCCCAAUACGCAUGGUUUUAUUGCCCCGUAUCCUGAUGUUGAAUGUCAAUUUAAUGAAAUUAUGGAUACUCAAGCUCCGAGGGCGCUACAAGAGUUAUUUAAUCAUCGGCAUUUGUCAUUGUGGAACAUUGUUGAACGCACAUUUGGAUUAUGGAAAGCACGCUUUCCUAUCCUAAAGAGCCAAUCUCGCUAUCCUUUUGAUACACAGGUCAUGCUUGUUAUCGCUACAUGCGUAUUGCAUAACUUUAUUCGAAUGACAACAGGAAACGAUUCCGAAAUCGAGUCAGGGUUUGAAAAUCAGGUGAUGCAAGAAAUGAUAGGAACAUAUGAGGGUGAUGAAAAUAAUGAAACAUUGAUGAUAGAUUCUCAAAGUAUUGACGACCAUGAUUUUGGUGUACAGUUGCGAGAGGAAAUUGCAACACAAUUGUGGGAUGACUAUCAAAAUAGUUGAUACAAUCCAGUCAUCUUAUUCAAUUUUGCACAUAUUUGUAAUUACGUCAAAAUUUUAUUUAAAUACAUAGACUGUGAUAAUAGUUUUGGGUUUUUGCUUUUAUUGUUGUUCUUAUCUUUAUUAUGCAUAUGAUACCGAGGAAUGCAGCCUUAUAGACAAAGGGGAACAUACAAAAGCCCACUAAAUAGGAGGUAAUGAUUUCUUGCGUUUCUUUGA